UUGCUCAGGGAGGUGCUGAUUUUACAACCCUCCUGUUUCCAUUCUCCCCGAGGUGGUGGGAGGUACCGGGUGCUGGGGCUGAGGAGCUCCAAAGCAGGAUUUUACCCCCUCUAAAAGAAGAAAAAGGGAGAGCUCUGCCCCCAAAACAGCCAAGACCUUUCUCAGGUCAGUCUUAAAUUCUUACCUCUACCAGCAGCUGCUUCUCAAGCCCUGAGGAUUUCCCUGAGCCAAUUUAAUGCUGGUGGUCAGACAGUUUAAACCCAUUAGCUCCCAGCUAUCCGAAUAAUUUCCUCCUCGGAUCCCAGCACACCUGCAGACUGCGCCGACCAGAACUGCAGGGAACUGCCACGGUAACUGGACCUUGGCUGACUGCUGUGGGCUGUGUGGAGAGCACUCAAGGGCUGAAGAAGAUGCCACUGGCUAGAUCACUGUCCGUGACAUCUCUGAACGGGCUUCCUCAGUGGGAGGACGAAGACCUGCCAGUGGAGGACUUGUUGCUCUUCGAAGUUUCCUGGGAGGUUGCCAACAAAGUGGGAGGCAUUUACACCGUGAUCCAGAGCAAAGCCAAAACCACAGCGGACGAAUGGGGCGAGAACUAUUUCCUCAUCGGCCCCUACUUUGAGCAGAACGUGAAGACUCAGGUGGAAUUCUGUGAGCCUCCCAGCGCUGCAAUUAAGAAGGCAAUGGACACCAUGAAAAGCCAGGGGUGUCAGGUCUCUUUUGGAAGAUGGCUGAUAGAGGGCAGCCCAUAUGUCUUAUUGUUUGACAUAGGAUCAGCAGCUUGGAAUCUGGACAAGUGGAAAGGUGAAUUUUGGGAAGCCAGCAACAUAGGGAUCCCCUUUCAUGACCAAGAAGCCAACGAUGCUGUGAUUUUUGGAUCAUUAACAGCCUGGUUUUUAAAAGAGCUUUCCUGUCAGUUUGAUGACAAGCCCUAUAUAAUUGCCCACUUCCACGAGUGGCAGGCAGGAGUGGGUUUGAUACUGGCUCGGUCUCAGAAACUUCCUGUCGCCACAAUUUUCACCACCCACGCCACUCUGCUUGGGAGAUACCUGUGUGCAGCCAGUAUUGAUUUCUACAACAACCUUGACCAGUUUGACAUUGACAAGGAAGCUGGAGAGAGGCAGAUUUACCACCGGUACUGUAUGGAACGGGCAUCUGUGCACUGCGCCCAUGUGUUCACCACAGUCUCACAGAUCACAGCCACAGAAGCAGAACAUAUGCUUAAAAGAACUCCUGAUGUUGUCACCCCAAAUGGCUUGAACAUUAAGAAAUUUUCAGCAAUGCAUGAGUUUCAGAAUUUGCAUUCCAUGUACAAGGCUAGGAUCCAAGAGUUCAUUCGAGGUCAUUUCUAUGGCCACCUGGACUUCAAUCUCGAGAAGACCUUAUUUUUCUUCAUUGCUGGGAGAUAUGAGUUUUCCAACAAGGGAGCUGACAUGUUUCUAGAAGCCUUAUCAAGAUUAAACUUUUUGCUGAGGGUCCAUAAGACUGACGUUACAGUUGUUGUGUUCUUCAUCAUGCCAGCAAAGACAAACAAUUUCAACGUGGAAACCCUGAAAGGACAAGCAGUCAGGAAGCAGCUCUGGGACAUUGCCCAGUCUGUGAAAGAAAAGUUUGGAAAGAAGCUCUACAAUGCCCUGCUAAAAGGAGAAAUUCCAGACUUGAACAAGAUUCUUGACCGAGAUGAUAUAACCAUUAUGAAAAGAGCCAUCUAUUCAACUCAGAGACACUGUCUGCCCCCAGUGACCACCCACAACAUGAUUGACGACGGCAACGACCCAAUCCUCAACACCAUCCGGCGCAUCGGCCUCUUCAACAACCGGACAGACAGAGUAAAGGUGAUCCUUCAUCCAGAGUUUCUUUCUUCAACAAGCCCGUUGCUGCCCCUGGACUAUGAGGAGUUUGUCAGAGGCUGCCACCUCGGUGUCUUCCCAUCUUACUACGAGCCCUGGGGUUACACUCCAGCUGAAUGUACCGUGAUGGGCAUUCCCAGUGUGACCACAAACCUCUCUGGAUUUGGCUGUUUCAUGCAGGAACACGUUUCUGACCCAGCAGCUUACGGUAUCUACAUUGUGGACAGGAGGUUCCGCUCCCCGGACGAGUCGUGCAACCAACUGACCCAGUUCCUGUAUGGGUUUUGUCAGCAGUCCCUUCGCCAGAGGAUCAUCCAGAGGAACCGAACCGAGAGGCUCUCGGACCUCCUGGACUGGAAAUACCUCGGCAGGUACUACAUGCACGCCCGACACCUGGCCCUCAGCAGAACAUUCCCAGACAAAUUUGAGAUGGAACCAAGUGCUCCACCAAAGACGGAAGGUUUCAGGUACCCCAGGCCCUCCUCAGUGCCACCAUCACCUUCUGCCUCUCAGCAUUCCAGCCCCCACCACAGCGAGGCCGAAGAUGAAGAUGAGGAUGAGAGAUACGACGAGGACGAGGAGGCCGAGAGGGACAGGCAAAACAUCAAGUCUCCCUUUUCCCUUGGAGCGUUGCCACAAGGAAAAAAGAAGCAGCAUGGGGAAUACAGGAACUGAAUUCACUGCUCUCACCCUGGCAGGGUGUCCCUCCAGCCGUUCAGCAGUUCCUCCUGUAGCCCUGGCAAGCUUUGUGUUGAGGACAGCGUGAUAUAAUUAGGAGAACCUUAAAUGUUAUUUGAGCUACACUGUUGGAAAGCCUAAUAUUAUUUCACCUUGAAAGUAGUUUAAAUGACAAUUUUCCUGUGCCCCUUCGAGGUAGGAGAGAUUUCUCAAGCUUAAUAAAUCUAGAGAAUGCAACAAUCCCCUCGGGAGCUUUUACAAACUGCAGAUCAUACCUUUGUCUACAGAAUCACUCUAUUAAUCAUAGUCUACACAGAUAGCUCCAUUUUGGGUAUCCCAAAUGAAUGAAUUCCUGCUUCAUUUAUGUUUCCCCUUUUUCCAUCCUAAACUAACGUGAACUUUAAACCAGAGUUCAAAAAAUUAGAGGGAAAAAAAAGCUUUUCAGCGGAGAAAUAUUGGAAGAGUUAAAAAAGAUACACUGAAAAGAAAAUGGUCUUCCUUUUUUCCUUAUGCUGUUUAUUGUAAGCUUACAUAAUUUAAAACAUUUUUUUUUACAGCACACAGAAGUGUCUUGAUCCAGUGGUAAAACAUUCUUCCUGUGGAACAAUAUAAAGUCUCACGCAGUGGGCAUUUUGAAUUUUAGAGAAGUCGUCUCUCUGCAGCCAUUUAGACCCACAAUAAACAGCAGACCAUUUAUUUUCUGA